AAUCCUAGCCCAGCACUCCAAACAAUACAUCACAGUGGAAUUCUCCUGUGGUGAAGCCCAGGAGUUAGCUUCCAAUCUGACUGCAAAAAGAAGCCUAACCAUAUCCUUCCUACAGGAAGAGAAAGGCAAACAACAAAUGUUGUUAUUGUCAUCUUCUUCAAACCAGCCAGUUAUCACUUUUCAAGAAGAUCAGCUGGCUUUUCAGACUCCAAAGAUGUGGCAACCAAACAAAAAAAUGGGCUGUUGGCUGGACUAGUUUAGCUCCGGGAGACCAACCAAAGACUUCAUCCAGGCCUAUCCAUGAAGUACACAUGUUAAAUUCCUUGAAGUAAUAAAGCCCUUCUGUGUUAUCUUGCCUGAGAUCCAAAAACCGGAAAGGAAGAUCCAAUUCAAAGAAAAGGUACUAUGGACUGCUAUCACCCUCUUCAUCUUUUUGGUUUGCUGCCAGAUUCCUUUAUUUGGUAUUAUGUCUUCAGACUCAGCAGAUCCUUUCUACUGGAUGAGAGUUAUUCUGGCUUCAAACAGAGGCACAUUGAUGGAGCUGGGCAUUUCUCCCAUUGUCACUUCUGGCCUCAUCAUGCAGUUGCUGGCUGGUGCCAAAAUAAUUGAAGUUGGGGAUACGCCAAAAGACAGAGCUCUCUUCAAUGGCGCACAGAAAUUGUUUGGCAUGAUCAUCACCAUUGGUCAGUCUAUUGUGUAUGUAAUGACUGGGAUGUAUGGAGACCCUUCAGAGAUGGGAGCAGGAAUCUGUCUGCUAAUCACCAUUCAGCUUUUUGUUGCUGGGUUGAUAGUUCUUCUCCUGGAUGAACUUCUCCAAAAGGGAUAUGGUCUUGGUUCUGGAAUUUCCCUCUUCAUUGCCACUAACAUCUGUGAGACUAUUGUAUGGAAGGCUUUCAGUCCAACUACAGUGAACACUGGGCGAGGCAUGGAAUUUGAAGGAGCCAUCAUUGCCCUGUUCCAUCUGCUGGCUACUCGCACAGAUAAAGUCAGAGCUCUCAGGGAAGCCUUUUAUCGUCAGAACCUCCCCAAUCUCAUGAACCUCAUUGCCACCAUAUUUGUCUUUGCUGUUGUCAUUUACUUCCAGGGUUUCAGAGUGGACCUCCCUAUAAAAUCUGCCCGCUACCGUGGCCAGUACAAUACUUAUCCCAUCAAACUCUUCUACACCUCCAACAUUCCCAUCAUUCUCCAAUCUGCGCUGGUGUCCAACUUGUAUGUUAUAUCACAGAUGCUCUCUGCUCGUUUCAGUGGCAACCUGUUGGUUAGUCUGCUAGGUACUUGGUCGGAUACUUCAUCUGGAGGUCCUGCCCGUUCGUAUCCCGUGGGUGGGCUGUGUUAUUACUUGUCACCUCCUGAAUCUUUUAGUUCGGUACUAGAAGACCCUGUCCACGCAGUCGUUUACAUUGUGUUUAUGUUGGGCUCUUGUGCUUUCUUCUCUAAAACAUGGAUUGAAGUCUCUGGCUCUUCUGCCAAAGAUGUUGCUAAGCAACUGAAGGAACAACAGAUGGUUAUGCGGGGUCACAGAGAAACCUCCAUGGUUCAUGAACUCAACAGAUACAUUCCUACAGCUGCUGCGUUUGGUGGCCUCUGCAUUGGUGCCCUCUCUGUGCUGGCAGACUUCCUUGGGGCAAUUGGCUCAGGCACUGGAAUCUUGUUGGCUGUCACUAUCAUUUAUCAGUACUUCGAAAUCUUUGUAAAGGAGCAGAGCGAAGUUGGCAGCAUGGGAGCACUUCUCUUCUAAAUACGUUGUCCUGUGGACCCUAGGGGAGGGUGAAGAGUGUCCUAGGAUUUUAAAAAAAUCAGAUGAAAAAGAUUAACAGCAACACAGUAACAUGGGCACAUUGCUUUAAUUGGAACACUUUAUUUUAAUGUUUCCCAAAGCACAUUCCUUUGGUUCAAACUUUGUUAGUAUUCAGUUGAUGUUUUAUAAAUCACUGGAAAAUGUGCAAAAAAACCUUUAUAGAAAAUAA